GGCUGCCGGGUAAUAAAAAUGGCGGCGCCCACGAAAAUCGGACGGGUGCUGUCCCGUACCUUCACCAGAGUAUCCUCCAGCCUGCGCCCCUACUGUACGGCACAGGAACAGCCACCCUACAGGCCCAGAAGGGCGCUCAUGUAUGUCCCAGGCAACGAUGAGAGGAAAAUCCACAAGAUUGCCACCCUGGGUGUGGACUGUGCAGUGUUGGACUGUGAAGAUGGUGUGGCAGCUAACAAGAAGGAUGAGGCCAGAGCUACAAUAACAAGAAUGCUGGAUGAGGUUGACUUUGGCAGGACAGAGUGUGUGGUUAGAGUCAACUCUGUGGACAGUGAGCUGGCUGAUGAUGACCUGUUGGCCAUUCUACAAGCCAACAACCUGCCAUCGGGAAUCAUGCUGCCUAAAGUGGACAGUGUAGAGGAACUUCAACAGUUUGCUGCAAACCUAAAUGCUGCGGUAGCAGAGAUAGAGGCUAACCCCAUCUUUAACCUGAUCACCAUGGUGGAGAGUGCAAGAGGCCUGAUGAACCUCCAGGCUGUUCUACAGGAGGCUGGGAACCUGGUGGACAUGUCUCCCUUCAGGCUAGCUGCUGUAACAUUCGGGUCGGAUGACUUCUGUGCUGAUAUAGGUGCCAGUAGGACCAGUGAUGCUAAGGAGCUGAUGUAUGCCAGACAGAAGGUCGUUGUCACAGCAAAGGCCUUUGGAAUACAGGCCAUUGACCUUGUGUCCAUAGAUUUUAAAGAUACAGAGAGCUUGAGAAGACAGGCAGAGGAGGGAGCCAAGAUGGGCUUUACAGGUAAACAGGUGAUCCACCCCCUGCAGGUGCCGAUUGUCCAGCAGGCAUUCUCCCCCAGUCCUGAGAGAGUAGUCUGGGCACGUGGGCUCAUUCAGGCAUUUCAACAACACCAACAGGAGGGGAAGGGGGCGUUUGUGUAUGAGGGUAAGAUGAUUGACAAGCCGUCCUUGCUGCAGGCACAGAACGUGGUUCGGUUAGCAGAGGCAGUAGAACCACCAGGACCUCAGGAGUGAAGCCUGGGACACAUGGGUACAAGUCAGGGCCUGAAAUACAUUGCAGGGUUCUCACCAGAAUUUUUUUCACAGCGUAGGGGU